AUGAACCAAAAUGCCCACCAUCCACCACCUACAACUCACAACCCACCACAAGCACCACCUGAAUCCCAAAGACUCACAAACUUGGAGGCCUUGAUGGACAAAAUGAUGAAAUAUCAGGAAAUGGCAACCAAAAACCAAGAAGCAUCAAUAAAAAGCCUAGAGAGGCAGAUAGGGCAAAUCUCCAAGCAAAUCUCUAUUGAGAGACCUUCAAGCUCACUGCCUAGUGACACAAUCCCAAAUCCCAAGGAGGAAUGCAAGGCAAUCCAAUUGAGAAGUGGGAGAAUACUGAUGGGCAACAAUGACACUACAAAGAAGCAAAAAGAGAGCAUCAAAGAACCAACAGAGGAUGAGAAGCAAACAAAAGCGGAUCAAGCUAAGGAUCAAGAGGAGAUGCCAACCAAAAGCACUGAGAAACUCAAGGAGAAGGACAACCAGCCACAUAGCUCAAGGGAAAUGACUCAAGGGCAGCAGCAACUAGGAAAGAGCAUCACACCUCCAUUACCAUAUCCUCAGAGAUUCAACAAAGAGGUUAAGGACCAACAUUUCCACAAAUUUCUUGAGACCUUCAAGAAGCUGGAAAUCAAUAUCCCUCUAGCUGAAGCACUUGAGCAGAUGCCUCUAGUCUUGAUUCAAAAAGGGCUGCCUCCCAAGCUUGAGGACCCAGGGAGUUUCUUUUUACCUUGCACCAUUGGGGAAGUAACCGUCACUAAAGCAAUGUGCGAUCUCGGAGCAAGUAUUAAUUUGAUACCGUCCUCCCUGGUGAAAAAGCUGCACAUAGAGGAAGUCAAACCAAUACAAAUGUCGCUGGAGCUGGUAAAUAAGUCAAUGGUGCACCCUAGGGGUGUAGUUGAAAAUCUCUUGGUCAAGGUGGAUAGCUUUAUAUAUCCUGCUGACUUUGUGGUCCUAGAGUCAGACGAGGAUGAUGGUGACUCUGUUAUACUAGGAAGGCCAUUCUUGGCCACUGCUAGAGCCAUCAUAGACAUAGAGAAAGGGGAGUUGACUCUCAGGAUGCAUGAUCAGAGUGUCAUUCUAAAAGUCUUACCAGAGGCACAGUUUAAUGAAAAGAAGAAAGACUAUAUGAAAAUUGACAAGGGAGAAUCACAGUUGAAGGAAGAAAAUGACAAGGAGAGUCAAGGCAACAUCCCAAAGAUAAGAGUUGUGCAGAUUGAUGAAGGAGCCCAAGAGGAUAUUGGAGUAUUAGCCACUGAGAAGAAAAAUGAGAACCUCAACACCCCAAAUAAAGAACCACCAAGCAAAGACAAAAAGGAUUCCACAUAUGGUUAA